AUGAUAGAUGACCUCCGUCUAAAGAACCACCAGCUGGAAGAUUCAUUGACGUUGGCCAGCUCCCAGGCCUUGCAGGCGAUUUCAUCUCGCCCGCCCUUGAGGGCGUCUCCAUCCAAGUCCUGGGAUCUGGUGGCCAGCAGCACUGCAACCACUUCCGCUCAACAACCAGCUCGGCCGAUGAUCUCGGGUCCUGUCACACCCCCACUGUGGCUCCGCACUGACGGGCCUGAUGCUCUUUGCGAGGAGGAGGCGGAGGAGGAGUUGGAGACGGAUGAUCUCCAAGAAUUCGACGCGGCAAGAGGAACCUCAGAACGUUCGAUUCGCUCCAGCCGCGGCUUGGGAUCCCGCGUCUUGGGAUCGCGUGGCUUGGGGUCCCGUGGCCUGGCUACACAACAGUCAGCAAGGCCGCGCACGACCUCCAAGCAGUCCAAGGUCAUUGACGACGGUAUCCACUUCACAGUGCUGAGGGCGCACAAGACUGGAAUGUUAACAGUACAGAAGCCAUGGUUUGUGAUCAACCCAGACCGAAGUAGGCUGGCCAAUGUUUGGAAGUUCGUCAUGAGCUUUGCCCUUGUUUUUGUUGCUCUGGUCACGCCAAUACAGGUGUCAUUGCUGGAGGCCCGUUGGGAUGGCGUCUUUGUUGUGGGCCUUGUGGUAGACUUUAUCUUCUUCAUAGACCUUCUGAUGCAAUUUAUUACUGCGUACGCCACGACAACACCAUAUGGUGUCGUUUGGGAAGUGCGAGUGUCUUACAUUUGUAAGCAGUACAUCAAGACAUGGUUUCUGGUGGACCUCAUCACAGUGAUUCCCUUUGACCUUAUGGCUCUCACUCUGCAAGUAGAGGAGUUGAAGGACCUCGUGGGAAUCAAGGUGGUGCGAGCCCUGCGACUUAUCAAGCUCGUGCGACUCUUGAAGUCAUCAAAAGUUUUGCAGGACCUUGAGGCUCCUCUGUCCAUCCCCUAUCAAACAGUAGCCCUUGUCAGAUUUGUUUUCGUUUUGGCUUUGACCUGCCACUGGCUUGCGUGCUGUUGGGCCGUGACGCUUUCUGUUGUCGAUGAGAGCUUCCCGCGGUGGAUUGAUGACAUUGAGGCAGCAGACCUGCCAUAUGGAGUGAUUACCACGCAGUCCCCGUACCGGAUUUAUGUGGCCUCCUUCUACUUCUGCGCCUACACCAUCACUUCAGUUGGCUAUGGUGAUAUCGGCCCCAGGAACCUUCUUGAAAGGAUUUGCUGUUCAGUGCUCGUCCUGGCAGCUGGCCUGUGCUGGGCCUAUGUUAUCGGAGAAGUUGGCGCCAUCACAGCGGACAUGACAGCCGAGAGCCAAGAGUUUCGGAAAAGAAUGCACCACCUGAACAACAUGAUGAGUGAUCAGAGGCUCCCACGAAAUUUGCAAGUGCGUGUUCGACGCUAUUUCUUGCAGAACAGGCAUCACUCCUUGCAUAUGUCUCGGCAGUCUCUUCUGAAGCGGAUGAGUCCGCAGCUCCAGGCUGAGGUCUCCCUGAUGACAAACCUCUUGUGGCUCGAGAAGGUAAGUUUCUUCAAGAGUUUCAUGGGCUACAUCGAGCAACAGAACAGGCUUGGGGUAUGGACAACUCCUUACGAGACUUGCGUUGCGGAUGUGGCGAGAGCCCUCAACAUCGCAGCCUUUGCGCAGCAGGAAACUUUCCACAAUGUGCAGGUGCUUUACAUCCUCUCGAAGGGCUUGGUGGCUUUGAACAGCCGGGUGCGAUCCAUCGGCGUCGUUUGGGGCGAGGACUUCGUGCUGUCGGACACGUCUCUGAUCCGACCCAUCGCCUGCUACGCGCUGACCUAUGUAGAGCUUCUGAGUCUCACAAGGGAUGACUUCAUGCAAAUCAUACAGCGGCGACGCUUCACCUGCCCUGAGCUCUUCCGUAUCGUGCGACGCUACUGCGUCAGGAUCGCAGUUUACAGAGGCAUUUUGGCCGAGGCACGGCGGCGGCAGCUGGAGAAGAUCAAAGCAGAGGUGGCGAGGGCAAAGGCCGAGGAGAAGAAUGCCAAACAAGACGACAAGGACCAUGUCAGGUGCAAAGUACAGAGCCCGCCAGCACUUCCUGGUCAAAUCGUUGAACCCUAUGCUGGGUCAUCUUUCAUAAGGUGA